AUGUACAGCGAGAAGAAAUCCAGUGAACCCAAGCCUCCAUCGGGCUAUCGCAUCGCUCUCGAUGCCUCGAGCCCGUUCCCUACCUCCCGUAAAGUCAUGGAGCCCCCUUGUUUAGAUGCCGAUAGGCUAUCUCCUGUCUACAUCGGCUCUGCCAUCUUCGAGAACUGUGUUCAUCCGUGCAAGAUCGCACCGUAUUUAACUCCAGCUUGCCGCGUUCCGUAUGGCGGCGUGGAGCUAGAGCACUUUGGCAGAUAUGAUCUCCUUCCCUUCGACCCGGCAACAAUGAUCUGGGUUACAACCAGCCGUGGCCGGAUCCCGUAUGGCUUCAACCCAAUACAAGGAGGUUAUGAAGAAAAUGGGACGCCACUGUAUCACGCGCUCGGGGACGUAAACGGUGUAAAGGUACCGGGCAAGACUGGAACGCACUUGGGGGGAUGCAACGUAGCAUUCAAUGGUGGCGAACAUGUCAUCACAAGAAACUAUGAGAUUCUGUGCUGGAGGUGA